CAGCCCUCAAAUUGUUGCCACUGCCUGGCGCCGCUUUGGCUCAUCUCCAGCUCUACCGGCAACUCACUUUCUCCUUCCCCGACGAAAUCAAAGUAAAAUUUGCGCAAUAUUUCAACCCUAGUCAACAUAAUGGGAAUGGAAUUACAUGCUGAAAGUGCGGGUUGUGCUGAGAUGGAGAUUGCUGAGAUUACGGAUUCAGAUUUGUUCAAACUUGUUAGACAUGCCCUUAAAUCUGUUAUCCAGGGUGAUCCAGACCAAUAUGAGCAGCUUCUUCGUGUUAUGCACCCUGAUGAAGGCGUUUUACCUGAUGUGGCCCUACUGGUGACAUGUUUAAAAGCUCUGUCAGGAUCAGUUUCUUGUCUAGACAUUGUUCACCAUAAAUCUCUUAUUGCAUCUAUUUUACAAAUGAGCAUGUGGAACUAUGGAACUGAUGUAAUGGAUGCUUUGAUGGAAUUUAAUAUAUCCUUGGCUACAUCCAGUGGGCAGUAUGUAGAUCUGUGCUUGGAAAUGCUUGUGAGCAAUUUUAUGCCUCCUGAUUCCUUCAUAUCAUUGUUGAAUCAGCCACGUGGCAUUCUACGGAAGGGCCAAGUCAUUGACCGUGUCCAUUCAACAUUAACAUACAUUGCAAAGUUAGUUCCUCUCUCGCCCUUGAGACUUGAGAGAAUGAUAACGGAGAGGAUGCCACACAUUUUCACAAAGGAACCAUUGAUUUUGAUAUAUGUGGAGAACAUGUUAAAACUAGAGAGUGGAGCAAUUGGUGAUCUUGUUGGGAGAACAAUGCUUGUGGCAAUUAUGGAUAAGCUAAUAGAUUUGGAUGUAGAUAUAGCAUGGGAUGAUAUCUUACAAGAAGAUUUCACCAAAGGCAUCUUCGAUAUGGAGCUGGGAGAUCUCGAAUGGCCAAUGGAUGAUGGCCAGCAAAAUGGUGACGAGCUCCAAAUAUCUUGGAUGGAACGGUAUUUUAGUGGAAAUCUAAAUGCUCAGAAAUUGGAUAGUUUAAUCGUCCUUACCUUUGAACACCUUAACAUUUGCAAAGAGAGUGGACGCCUGAGUCAGGUUUUUCAUACUCUUCUCCAGUCUUUUCAGCAAACUGUUUUGAUGGCAUACAAGUCUAAAUUUGCUCAGUUUGUGUUGUUUUACGCCUGUUCACUGGAUCCUGAAAACUGCGGUAGGAGAUUUGCCGAUACGCUAUUUCAUAAAUUUAAGUCAAGUAAAUAUCCAGAAUGGAGAAUGAGUGCUGUUGCCUAUCUUGCUAGUUAUUUGGCUCGUGCGAAGUUUUUGCCCAUCUCAUUUGUUGCUGAAUAUGUAGAAAGUUUGCUGGAAUGGUGUUCUUCUUAUUGCUUCAACCAGGGUGGCAGCAUCAAUCCAAAAGCUCACAAGGAAUUCUAUGCUGGGUGCCAGGCCUUGAUGUAUGUACUUUGCUUUCGCAUGAGAUCAAUGCUUGCUAUUCCUCGCAUCAGAUCACGUAUAUCAAAGCAUAUAGAGGAUAUCCUGAGGCAUCCUUUGAGCCCAUUAAUGGUAUGCUUGCCAUCAAUAGUGGAAGAAUUUCUUCGGUUGGCAAAAGUGACUCAUCUUGAUGUGCCGGAUAAUGUUGUAUCAAGUAACCUGCUUGAGUCGGAACUUUCAAUGGCUUUUGGUGGUAGGGAGAGGCUUGACACAUUUUUCCCGUUUGAUCCCUGUCUUCUAAUGAAAUCUGACAGAUUCAUCCGGCCAAAUUUUGUGUACUGGUCAAUGGUUCGGAACUCUUAUGACAAUGAUGAUGAUGAUGAGGGUACUAGUGAUGAAGACGAUAUUGAAAUCUGUACAGCAGGGAACGGGAUAAAUAUACCUAAUGAUGGAGCUGCCCGAAGUUAUGAUCAGGAUCUCGAUGAAUUUGGUAAUAAAAUGAGCAAAAUGUCCAUAACACCUAAAGUUGCUCAAUGGGGGGAAUUACAAUCCGGCAGGCAGAUGCCUUCAAGUUUGCUACCUUGCCCUGAUUCCUUGUAGAGAUUGAUCUGCACCGUUUGAUGACCUUGAAAGAGGAAAUGCUUGCCCUUCCAUGGCAAAGAAGCGUCGUAUCAAAAUGCCUGUCCUGGUCCGUGGUUGGUUAUGGCAAGACACUGAGAUUAUGUGAUAUCCAUUAUAUCCUAGAUUCAUGAGAGGCCUUCACCCUGCCUGCCUGCCUGAAUACAUCCCGCGAGAUGUUAAGAGGUCAAGUUUUGUGUUCACAGCUAAUGUUAUUUGUAAUAUUUAGCAAUAGUUGGUUUGAUGAUGAGAACUAAAUGUGUAAACACUCAAAUUCUCUUGUAUUUUUCUUGUUGGUGUUAAUAUAUUAUGGUAAGAGUAUAUUUUAAA